UCAACCGCCGAGCGGCGCCGGGAAUUGGGAUGGUGACGUUGGUGAAGUGGUGACCGCAGUGCCCCUGAUCCGAGAGGCUGAGGGUCAGGUGGUAGUACCCGUCUUCCAAGGAACUUAUGGAGGCAAUUUGGAUUCUCAAGAAUAGUUUUCAAAGUGGAAACCUGUAGAAUAUCUGAAUCAGAAUCAUUGGCUCAACUUGCUUGGACGUCACAGAUACAGAAACUUAGCAGAGCACCUGGUAUUUUCUUGCUGGAUCAAAGGAGAAGAUUCUCCACCAUGACUGAAAUAGAAACAAACCAGAGAGACUCUGAAUUGUUUUCACCACCCUCUAAUGUUCGAGGAAUGACAAAACUUGAUAGAACAGCUUUUAAAAAGACAGUCACCAUCCCAGUACUUAAAGUGAGGAAAGAAAUAGUCAAUAAAUUGAUGCGAUCCCUUAAAAGGGCAGCACUGCAGCGCCCAGGCAUAAAACGUGUAAUUGAAGAUCCAGAAGAUGAAGAAAGUAGACUAGUUAUGUUGGAUCCCUAUAAAAUAUUUACUGAUGGUUCCUUUGAGAGAGCAGAACUCAGUAUUUUAAAGCAGCUUAAUGUCAGUCCACAGAUACAUAAAUAUAAUUUGGAACUCACUUAUGAAAACUUUAAGUCAGAAGAAAUCUUGAGAGCUGUGCUCCCUGAAGGUCAAGAUGUGACUUCAGGAUUUAGCAGAGUUGGACAUAUUGCCCACCUGAACCUUCGAGAUCAUCAACUACCUUUCAAGCAUUUAAUUGGUCAAGUUAUGAUUGACAAAAAUCCAGGAAUCACCUCAGCAGUAAAUAAAAUCAAUAACAUUGAUAAUACGUACCGAAAUUUCCAAAUGGAAGUGCUGUCUGGAGAGGAGAACAUGAUGACCAAGGUUCGAGAAAACGGCUACACCUAUGAAUUUGAUUUUUCGAAAGUCUAUUGGAAUCCUCGUCUCUCUACAGAACACAGUCGUAUCACAGAACUUCUCAAAUCUGGAGAUGUGCUAUUUGAUGUUUUUGCUGGGGUUGGGCCUUUUGCCAUUCCAGUAGCAAAGAAAAAUUGCACUGUAUUUGCUAAUGAUCUCAAUCCUGAAUCCCAUAAAUGGCUAUUGCACAAUUGUAAAUUAAACAAAGUGGACCAAAAGGUGAAAGUCUUUAACUUGGAUGGGAAAGACUUCCUUCAAGGACCAGUCAGAGAAGAGUUAAUGCAGCAGCUGGGACCACUGUCAAAAGAAAGAAAACACUCUGUGCACAUUGUCAUGAACUUGCCAGCAAAGGCUAUUGAAUUUCUCAGUGUUUUCAAAUUGCUUUUAGAUGGGCCGCCAUGUGGCAUUGAGCUCCUUCCCAUAGUGCACUGUUACAGCUUUUCCAAAGACCCUAAUCCUGCUAAGGAUGUUCAGCAGCGAGCUGGGGCUGUGUUAGGCAUUUCCUUGGAGGCAUGCAGUUCAGUUCACCUAGUAAGAAAUGUAGCCCCUAACAAGGAAAUGUUAUGUAUCACCUUUCGGAUUCCUGCUGCUGUGCUCUACAAGAACCAGACCCUAACUCUAGAGAAUCAGGACGACCCACCUCUUAAACGCCAGAAGACAGAUAAAGUCUUUUCAGAAGAAAAAACUCAAAUUGCUUCAGUCACUUCAUUGGAAAUGUCUUCUCCAUCUCCCCAUUAGACCUUUAUGUAAUAAAAUAUAAUGACUUCAUAAAAUUUUAGCAUUCAUUUUAGUACUGAGCACUGAUAUUUUACCCUUGCUGUUAUAAGUUAUCAAAUUAAAAUUUAAAUAAGUCUAUUUUAUCUAAGUGAUAAUAAUUAGAUUAUCUUAUAAUCUAAAUUAUGUCUAAUUUUGUAUUAGAUACAUAUAUUUAAAUAUUGACUGUCUCCUGGGAAAAUAGUUUUUGAAGGUGGGAUAAUUGCCUGCUAACAAUCACUUUGCAGUGAUCCCCAGUUGGAGAGUAUGCCUAAAUUUUAUAUAAGUACCCCUAAACUAGUAAUAAAAAAUGAAAUUAUUUAGAUCAGGAAUGGUAAACCAUGCCUGACAAGCCAAAUCCAGCCUACCACCUGUUUUUGUACGGCAAAUAAAUGACCUGAGAAUGGUUCUUAUACUAACGGUCGAAAAAGAAUUUUAGAAAUCUUGUGACAUGAAAAUUGUAUGAAAUUUGAAUUUCAGUGUCCAUAAAUACAGUUUUAUUGGAAUACAUCA